ACCAUAGAGCAUGAAUUACCUCUUGAGGUCAUCAGUGAGAAUUUACGACUGGUCAACAAAAGCACGUGAUUCCCUAACGCCCCCCCAUCCCCCUUCCAACUCCCCCCCCCAUAUUUGGCCGCAUACAUAGCAAAAACGAAGUACAGUGCAUCGCUAUAAUUCAUUAAUACAUCAUAAAUCGUGAAGCACAGGGUUAUAACGACCACGAUCCACAAAUCAAGCCCUCCAAAAUCGCCCAAAUGAGCUCGUACUUUGUAAACUCCUUCUCGGGGCGUUAUCCAAAUGGCCCGGACUAUCAGUUGCUAAAUUAUGGCAGUGGCAGCUCUCUGAGCGGCUCUUACAGGGAUCCCGCUGCCAUGCACACCGGCUCUUACGGCUACAAUUACAAUGGGAUGGACCUCAGCGUCAACCGCUCCUCCUCGGCCUCCUCCAGCCACUUUGGGGCGGUGGGCGAGAGCUCGCGCGCCUUUCCUGCGUCCGCCCAGGAGCCCCGCUUCAGGCAGGCGGCGGCGGCGGCGGCGGCGUCGAGCUGCUCCCUGUCCUCGCCCGAGUCCUUGCCCUGCGCCAACGGUGACAGCCACGGCGCCAAGCCCUCGGCUUCGUCCCCAUCCGACCAGGCAACCCCAGCCAGCUCCAGCGCCAAUUUCACCGAAAUAGACGAGGCCAGCGCAUCCUCGGAGCCGGAGGAAGCUGCGAGCCAGCUGGGCAGCCCCAGCCUAGCCCGGGCACAGCCAGAGCCCAUGGCCACCUCUACAGCCGCGCCCGAGGGGCAGACUCCGCAGAUAUUCCCCUGGAUGAGGAAGCUUCACAUCAGCCAUGAUAUGACGGGCCCGGAUGGGAAAAGGGCCCGGACCGCGUAUACUCGCUACCAGACCCUGGAGCUGGAGAAGGAGUUUCACUUCAAUCGCUACCUGACCCGGCGGCGGCGCAUCGAGAUCGCCCACGCGCUCUGCCUGUCCGAGCGUCAGAUCAAGAUCUGGUUCCAGAACCGGCGCAUGAAGUGGAAAAAAGACAACAAACUGAAAAGUAUGAGCCUGGCUACAGCCGGCAGCGCCUUCCAACCAUGAGCUCCCCCGCCCCACCGCCCUCCCCAGGAGCCCUGGGUCGCCCAAGAGUCCACAUCACCCCCUAGCCCCGACCUCUCCAAUCUUCCCUGCACUGCCGCUGCUGGCUGGGGACUGGUUCCCAAGAGCCUGCCUCGCCCCAGCCUUGUGUUACAAUUUUUCGUUUGGUCUUAGGUCUUCCUGUGGCUCCCUCUCUCUUGGACUGGUUAUCUUGUUAUUAUUGUUAAUAGUAAUAAUAAUAAUUCUUAUUCCCUCCCCCCAUGCUCCCCACUUCUCUCUGCUUUUCCCAAAUCCGCCAGUGUUUCUGAAUGUUCUCCUCUCUGUGGUUGCACUCCUUCCCCCAGGAAAAAAGAAAUUCGCAUGUUUAAUGUGACUUUCCCCUCCCCAUCUGUGUUCUAACUUAUUUAUAAAAGGAUGAGUGCUGUAUUUUGAGUUUCAGCUGGAAACUUCUCUAAAGAGGUAGCAGUAGAGGUUGCGGGUUCAGUGUGCCAGGGCCCAGCUGAGCUGGCCUGGAAGAUGGAGUCCACGACUGGGUCUCUUCUCAUCCACUUUACCCUCCUUUGGCCCCACUCCCUAGGCCCAAGUCCCUCAGUGGGGCUCGUUCCUGGGAUGGAAAGGAGCCAGAGAGGACCAAAGGGGUGAUGUUGAGAAGAGAAAAAGCAAACAGUGAGAUUUAAGCUCCUGCUGCCUCGUAGGCCCCAUAAGGCCUGAUCUGGGAGUGUAUGAAAACAGAAAUAAUCCUCAGUGUAAAAUGUCUUGUGUUUUCUCUGUGAAUCUGUGGGUCUGGCUAGAAGGCCCAAAGCUUGUAAAUAUGGGGAUAGCCUGGGUCAGACCCGUCUCUUCCUCAUUUCGCUUCCAAGACCAUUUGUAGUGAGCUGGUGGAUGCUGUGCUACAUGGGAAAUCUGUCUUUGCCAGACCUGUCUCAGUGAUUAGCCUUUGGUAUUUGUUUGUAG